GGAGAAUGUCAACAAAUUGACACUGAGAUUCCACAAUUGCUGUCACACACAAAAAAGUCAAAAUCGUGGAACGUAAACUUCAAAAUUUUUCAAAUUUUAUUUUGAAAAUUUUUAUUUUUACAAUUCGUGAGAGAAAUAUUUAUUUUGUCUGAGUUUAUAACGCAGUAAAAGCAGUAAAACGGAGGGAAAUAAGCGAAGAAACGAGAGUAGCUCAUGCAUGAGCAACGGAGGAGUGGUAGAGACACGCAGUAAAAGUGCAAUUUCUGCGGCGUCAGUGAAACCCAUGGAAACAUUAAAGGGUAUUUUCAGUGUCCCCAAGAUGGAUCGUAAUCGUAGGAACUUCUUGCGGGAGAAUAAAUUGAGUUUACGUGAAUUACAACGAGUGACUAAUAAGAGUAAAAUGCAACAGCAGCAAGAACAACUGUUACGGGAACAAAAAUAUGCCGGACGCCGUUCGCAAUCUCAACAACGUAACAAUAAUAACAUAAUGGAUAAACAAACGUUGGCGCGUUGCCCUUCACUGACACGCGUUCCCAGUGGUCGUGUAAUGGGAGCUGCUGUUGCUGGCGAUUGUGCCAAUCAUAUUAGUAGACGUAGCGUUUCGCGUACAAAUAGCACAACAACAAUCAAAUCUGUACAUAAACAAGUGCAAACGGAAGAUAUACAAGACGAAGAAUUUCUUUAUGACGCUUUGAAACGUUGUACUGCCAAUGAAUGUCAUUCACGCUUUAAUGGUUUACAACCAAACUACACUCCGCGUUCACAACAUACUGUAAACGAUGCGCAGAGUCGAAACUCUUUUUAUCCACCAGCCGAACCGGACCAAAGGGACUUAGGGAAUGCAGAUGAACGUAUGUAUGCUAUGCACCAGCAGAUGGAGGAUCCAUACGUACAACGUGAGGAUACAAAUAAUUAUGUACAACAAUAUAACGGACAAACACAAGGUGAAGUACUCGGAGGUGGUGAUGCCGAUACGGUUCAUAAUGAAAAUGUUGAACGUUUGUAUGCACCCGAAUCAUCAUCAAAGUACAAUUUUGCACCGACGCCACGUUCACAACAACACUUCACCAAUGGUUAUAAUAUGGUAGAAAGCGAUGGAUUGCCAGCAACAACGACAAUGCAAGCAUCAUAUGAACCACCAGAUAAACAGCAACAACAACAGCAACAACCAUUGCGCUACCGUAUGCAACCACAUGUACAAGGUGAUUUACGUGCCAACUUCGAGAAUAUGUCUUUAAGUAAUGGUUAUGGCGGCGGUGGUGGUGGUGACUGUGGUAUUGAUAUUGAUGAAGAUUGUGGCGCCAUGGGAAAUAGCGGUGGUGUUGAGGCUGUUUCCAUAUCUGGUCGCAGUCGUCAUACCAACAUCUCACAUGCUUCACAGCAAAGCAAUACAGAUUUGACUAAGAAACGUUCUGGUGGUAGCAUACACAAAUUGGGUUCGCGUGAUAACAUAAGUCUGCCUCGUUAUUUGGAGCGUGAGAAACGUGAGAAAGAGGAACAACGCCAACGUCAAAGUGAACGUGACCCCAAUUGCCCGCCUGGUCAUUACCCGCUAUCGGAUAAGGAGCGUCAGGCAGCACUACAGUCAGCUGAAACCAGAUUCAAAGCACUUAUAAAUGAACUGAAUCGCAUGCCUAUGACAACGGAAACUUUACGUAUGCGUGUGCGCAAAGCCGAAAUCGAGAAAGAACUAAAACUGCUCGAAACCGAUAUACGCGUCUUUUCCAAGUCUAAGGUGUAUCUGAAGCAAAAGGAAUAGUACAUUUGGCAACAAAAAAGCAACAAAGAUACGUUUGAGCGAAAAUGUAUAUAUUUGAUUAAAGCCUGUGAGGCAAAAAAAAAAUGUAAAUGUAAAAAAUGUGCAAAAAAUAUACUUUAAGACAUUACGAUGACAUCAAUGUCAUUGCCCUAAACUAA